AUGGGCAGCGUUGAAGACGAGACGGCCCUUCCGUCGGGCGGCAGACUUCUGCUCAUAUCAAAUCGCCUGCCCAUCACCAUCAAGCGCUCAGAUGAUGGCCAGUACAGCUUCUCCAUGUCCUCUGGCGGUUUGGUCACCGGCCUAAGUGGUCUCGCCAAAACUACGAGCUUUCAAUGGUAUGGAUGGCCGGGUCUCGAGGUCCCAGACGCCGAGGCCGGUCCUGUCGUGCAGAGGCUGAAGAAUGAAUACGGCGCCCACCCGGUGUUUGUGGACGACGAGCUCGCCGACAGGCACUACAACGGGUUUGCCAACUCGAUCCUCUGGCCCCUUUUCCACUACCACCCCGGAGAGAUCACUUUUGACGAGUCGGCGUGGUCUGCCUAUAAGGAGGUUAACAGACUGUUCGCCCAGACAGUUGUCAAGGAUGUACAGGAUGGCGACAUGAUUUGGGUCCACGACUACCAUCUGAUGCUGCUGCCAGAGAUGUUGCGCGAGGAGAUAGGGAACUCAAAGAAGAACGUCAAGAUUGGCUUCUUCCUCCACACGCCCUUCCCCUCAUCUGAGAUAUACAGAAUCUUGCCUGUUCGCCAGGCCCUGCUCCAGGGUGUGUUGCACUGCGACCUGCUCGGUUUUCAUACGUAUGAUUACGCACGGCACUUCCUGAGCUCCUGCUCGCGUAUCCUGUCCGCACCAACAACUCCCAACGGUGUCCAGUUCGCCGGUCGGUUUGUCACAGUCGGCGCCUUCCCCAUCGGAAUCGACCCGGAGAAGUUCGUCGAGGGUCUUCAAAAACCCAAAGUCCAGGAGCGCAUCGCCGCUCUCACCCGCAAAUUCGAGGGCGUUAAGCUCAUCGUCGGCGUCGACAGGCUCGACUACAUCAAGGGCGUGCCGCAGAAGCUGCACGCGCUCGAGGUCUUCCUGACGGAGCACCCAGAGUGGAUUGGCAAGAUUGUGCUCGUGCAGGUGGCGGUGCCUUCGCGACAGGACGUCGAGGAGUACCAGAAUCUGCGCGCUGUGGUCAACGAGCUGGUCGGACGCAUCAACGGCAAGUUUGGCACCAUCGAGUUCAUGCCCAUCCACUUCCUGCACCAGUCGGUCAGCUUCGACGAGCUCGCCGCCCUGUACGCCGUCUCGGACGUGUGCCUUGUCAGUAGCACACGCGACGGCAUGAACCUCGUCAGCUACGAGUACAUCGCCACCCAGCGUGCCCGCCACGGUGUCAUGAUCCUGUCCGAGUUCACCGGCGCUGCGCAGUCGCUGUCGGGCUCGCUCAUCGUCAACCCCUGGAAUACGGAAGAGCUGGCCAACGCCAUCCACGACGCCGUCACCAUGGGGCCCGAGCAGCGCGAGGCCAACUUCAAGAAGCUCGAGAGGUACGUCUUCAAGUACACCAGCGCCUGGUGGGGUUCCAGCUUCGUCACCGAGCUCAAUAGGCUUGCAGCCGGGAAUGAAGGUUCGGAGGCGGAAGGUUCAAAGACCAAGAUCGCUAUCAGGGAUGUUGGCGAUGCCGUUGCCGAUGGCGCUGGCAAGGUUGCAGACGCCGUCUCAUCCGUCUUGCCGGGUGGUGACAACAAGACGGAGGGGAACUGA